UGAGAUCACCAUCUGUUAUCCAGACCUGUUUGCUUUAAGGUUGCUGGGGUGGGAUUUGGAGGCUCAGACAAAGUGACUGGGAACUCUACUGCAUUUGUGCUCUAGUAUUUCCCAGACACAACCCUACAUCGCUCUGCAUUCUGUGGAUCUGUGUGACAACCUGUUUUAAAAUGUUUGAUUUUUGGCCAAUUUUGCCUGCCAUGGUGGUGUUUGCUGUCUUGUCUAUAAGUUGCGGCAGAAGAACCCUGCUGGUCGGAGCUUCUUCUCCAAGGUCCGUGGCCAGGAUGGAUGGAGAUAUCAUCAUUGGAGCGCUUUUUUCUGUCCAUCAUCAACCACCCGCUGAAAGGGUGCCAGAGAGGAAAUGUGGAGAGGUCAGGGAACAAUAUGGCAUCCAAAGAGUGGAAGCCAUGUUUCAUACUUUGGAUCAAAUAAAUUCAGACCAGACCCUACUGCCAAAUAUCACCUUGGGCACAGAGAUCAGGGACUCUUGCUGGCAUUCAUCAGUAGCCCUGGAGCAGAGCAUUGAGUUCAUAAGGGACUCAUUGAUAUCCAUAAGGGAUGACAAAGAUGGGAUCAGCAAGUGUUUAGAUGCAACUCCAACUCCUCAAGGUAGAAUUAAAAAGCCCAUUGCUGGGGUCAUAGGACCAGGCUCCAGCUCGGUGGCAAUUCAAGUCCAAAAUCUUCUACAGCUUUUUGAUAUCCCUCAGAUUGCUUAUUCUGCUACAAGUAUAGACCUGAGCGAUAAAACCUUAUACAAAUACUUCUUAAGAGUUGUACCUUCUGACAUACUUCAGGCUAAAGCUAUGUUAGACAUUGUGAAGAAAUACAACUGGACAUAUGUGUCUGCAGUCCAUACAGAAGGAAACUACGGUGAAAGUGGAAUGGAGGCGUUUAAGGAACUUGCAGCACAAGAAGGUCUAUGUAUUGCCCACACAGACAAAAUCUAUAGUAACGCAGGAGAGAAGAGCUUUGAUCGACUUCUGAGGAAGCUCCGGGAGAGACUUCCUAAAGCCAGAGUUGUUAUCUGUUUCUGUGAGGGUAUGACGGUGAGAGGAAUCCUAAUGGCCAUGAGACGUUUAGGGGUGUCUGGAGAAUUUCUCCUCAUUGGAAGUGAUGGAUGGGCAGACAGAGAUGAAGUCAUAGAGGGAUUUGAAGAAGAAGCCAAUGGAGGAAUAACUAUAAAACUGCAAUCUCCUGAAGUGAGAUCAUUUGACGACUAUUUUCUAAGUCUACGUUUGGAUACUAAUUCCAGAAACCCCUGGUUUAGUGAAUUUUGGCAACACAGAUUCCAGUGUCGAAUUCCAGGUCAUCCACAAGAAAAUAAAAACUUUAAAAAGAUAUGUAAAGGUAAUGAGAGUUUAGAGGAAAACUAUGUUCAAGACAGCAAAAUGGGCUUUGUCAUUAAUGCUCUAUAUGCGAUGGCUCAUGGUCUCCAUGAUAUGCAUACUGAACUAUGUCCAGGACACGUUGGUCUAUGUGAUGCAAUGAAACCUAUAGAUGGAAGCAAACUACUUGAGUUCCUUAUUAAGACUUCAUUUGUAGGCAUUUCUGGUGAAGACAUAUUUUUUGAUGAAAAGGGGGAUGCACCUGGAAGGUAUGAUAUAAUGAACCUUCAGUUUAUUGAACCCAGCCACUAUGAUUACGUGCUCAUAGGAACAUGGCAUGAAGGGGUAUUAAACAUUGACGACAGGAUUCAAAUAAAUAGAAGUGGAACGGUCCGGUCCGUAUGCAGCGAUCCGUGUUCUUUAGGGGAAAUCAAGGUUAUAAGAAAAGGUGAAGUAAGCUGCUGCUGGAUUUGCACACCAUGUAAAGAAAAUGAGUAUGUUCAGGAUGAGUUUACCUGCAAAGCCUGUGAACUAGGCUGGUGGCCUAAUCCUGGAUUGACAGGCUGCGAGCCCAUAGUUGUCAAAUAUCUGCAAUGGAGUGACAUAGAAUCCAUGAUUGCGGUGGCCUUUUCAUGCGUGGGAAUCCUCGUUACAAUGUUUGUCACCUUAAUCUUCAUCCUUUACAGGGACACACCUGUGGUUAAAUCUUCAAGUCGAGAGCUCUGUUUCAUUAUACUGGCUGGUAUUUUUCUUGGCUACAUAUGCCCAUUCACGCUGAUAGCCAGACCAACCACCACCUCAUGUUACCUGCAACGUUUGUUGGUAGGCCUUUCCUCAGCCAUGUGUUAUUCUGCUUUGGUGACCAAAACUAAUCGUAUUGCUCGUAUACUAGCUGGAAGCAAAAAGAAGAUCUGCACACGCAAGCCCCGUUUUAUGAGUGCCUGCGCACAGGUUAUAAUUGCUUCAGUAUUGAUUAGCAUGCAGCUUACACUGGUAGUUACCCUAAUAAUAAUGGAGCCUCCUAUGCCUGUACUAUCCUACCCAAGCAUUAAGGAAGUGUACUUGAUUUGUAAUACUAGCAAUCUAGGUGUCGUGGCCCCUGUAGGCUACAAUGGACUUCUCAUCAUGAGCUGUACCUAUUAUGCCUUCAAGACUCGUAAUGUUCCAGCUAAUUUUAAUGAGGCUAAAUACAUUGCAUUCACCAUGUACACCACUUGCAUCAUCUGGCUGGCAUUUGUCCCCAUUUACUUUGGAAGCAACUACAAAAUUAUCACUACGUCUUUUGCAGUCAGCCUUAGUGUAACAGUAGCCUUGGGCUGUAUGUUCACUCCCAAGAUGUAUAUAAUUAUUGCCAAACCCGAAAGGAACGUUCGCAGUGCUUUCACUACUUCUGAUGUUGUGCGGAUGCACGUUGGGGAUGGAAAAACACCCUGCAGGUCAAACACUUUCCUGAGUAUUUUUAGAAGAAAGAAACCCAUUGCUGGAAAAACAAAUUCUAACGGAAAGUCUGUGUCAUGGUCUGAACCAGGUGGAAGACAAGUACAGAAGGGACAACACAUGUGGCACAGACUCUCCAUGCAUGUGAAGACCAAGGACACAGGGUCAAGCCAGACAGCAGUGAUCAAGCCUCUAACCAAAGGCUACCAGAAUAAGGGCAUUACAUUUUCAGAUAUAAGCAGUAACACUUUGUACAAUGUGGAGGAAGAGGAAGAAAAUGAGCCAAUAAGGUUUGAUCCACCAAGUAGCCCUGCCAUGGUGAUUCACAGGCGAUUGAAUGCAACUCCGCCGCCCUCUCAAGAGUUUGAUGAAGUUUCAGCGUACUUGCCCGAACAAGUUUCUAAGAGUUUACCUUUGCAAAAGGCUCUCAUGGAUCAGCUUCAUGGAGUGAUCAAUAAAUUUUCCACGGGCAUUACAGAAUUUAACUCAACUACUCCAACGGCAGACUUAGAAAAUAUUGUUGGUUCUAUAUAUCCAUCUCAACAUCUUCAGCAGCAGCAAGUGCUUCCACUUCAAAUGCAAACCUUUAGUGAAGUAAUGAACUCUGUGGAAGGGGUGGAAAGUGAAAAACUCAACCUCAUCCAGGAUUACAUGUAUGAUAGCACAGAAACUGCUGAUGAAGACCUUGUUCCAAGCAAACUUGUAUUGGAUGAUUCUCCUGCUUUGACACCACCAUCCCCAUUCCGGGAUUCCGUAGCUUCUGGCAGCUCUGUACCUAGUUCCCCUGUUUCAGAAUCAGUGCUUUGCACACCCCCAAAUGUGUCAUAUGCUUCAGUUAUGUUGAGGGACUACAAACAAACAUCAUCUACUUUGUAGGCAAAAAAACCUGAAAAUAAACCUUGUUUUUAUGCAGCAACACAGGGCUUGCCUGGUGGUGGAAAAUGAAAGGACUACAUUUUAUUGCAUGUGUAUUACAGAGAAAAGCAAUUAUUAAGUGUCCUAUACUAAAACUGACUUUUAAGAGGGCUCCAAGUCUAAAAUGUUUUGUUGUGUUACUUACUCACUGUAUUAAGUCAAACAGAUGCAGUAUUAAAAAAAAGCACAAUAUUGUAACUUAAAAAAAGAUCAAAAA